AUGUGAAAUUGGAUAAGGAAGAAAAAGGGGCCAAGAGAAUGAAGGGUAGUAUUGCUACUGAGUCGAGUAGCAGAGAAGAAAGAAGAAGGAGGGCGAGGUCUUCGUCACCACUGAAGGACAGAUCCAAAACCUCUUCGUCUAAGUUAUCUUCUCCAUCCAAACGAAGCACAUCACCCUCUGCCACUGUCCUCGACGUUGACCAUGACGUAUUCUCUCUCUCUCACGAUUAUCCUAACCCUAACCCUCGGAGCUUCCCUCACAGCGUUAAGCAGAAAUGCUGGGAAAAGGCAGACAAGGUCAAAGGACGAGACCCCGACCGCUGGCGCAGGGACGCCCUCGGCAAUACUGUCUUUCGCAAGCUCGUAGGUUGCCCCGGUUGUCUCUGUCAUGACUACGACCACAUUGUCCCUUACUCUAAGGGGGGAGAAAGCACUCUGGAAAACUGUCAAGUAUUACAGGCAACAGUUAAUCGUUCAAAGGGUAACCGAACAGAUAUCUCCAAAGCUGAACUUAUUCAAAAGAGUUCUUAUUGCAGGGUUUCAGAUCGUGAUAUGGAUCUUCUUGAACUGUCUGCCUAUGGUAAUGUCCGGCGUGGACCCGAUACUGGGGGAUGUAGAAUCCAAUGAACAUUUUUCUCCAUAUUAAUUUACUCAGUGAUUGAUUUCUAGAUGAGUUUAAAUGAAGACCUUGUAGCUAUUCAUCCUGACAAAAUCUUUGGGGCUUCAUUUGUGUACAGACAAGUUAAAACUGCAAAGAAAGUGAUGGCAUUUUUCA